AUGAAAGAGGUCUUCGAUAUAAAGCGGUGGGAUGGCGGGUUAAAUAGGUCUGGCUUAAGAAUAACCGAUGUCCACAAUACACUGUGUGAGUGGAAAGAGCCCAGUGGCAUACUUUUUAGAUUCGGGAUUAGUAUCCGGGAUAGUAACAGACCGCAAUUUACAUCAGGCUACCUUCUUCUCUCCCUCGCACUAGCACACGGUGCUCUCUUUCGGGUUAACACUGUGGACGAUCUAGCAUAA